AUGGUUAAACUAACUGAUGAAAGUCGUGCAUUUCAUUAUGGUGUAUACUCCAUAGUAUAUCAAAUACCAUCUGGGAAAGUCACUACAUACGGACACAUCGCAUAUCUACUAGACAAACCAGGCAAUGCAAGACAAGUUGGAUCUUCUCUCAAGCAUUGUACUGCUGUAAUUCAAGACUUGAACCGAGGUUUUGACCCCAAUGAAGAAGAAUAUCUCAACAUUGACUCUCUACCGUGGUGGAGAGUGCUUCUGAGUUCAGGCAAAAUUUCUCCACGAGAAAAUUCACAAGGUCAGUAUCUUCAGGCAGAUCGUUUGCGAGAAGAGGACGUGUCGGUCUCACCAGUACAUUUAGUUGAUUUAGAGGAGUACGGUUGGUUUCCUGAAGAUGUGAAUCUAUGA